AGUUCGUGUUCGUUGGUUGUCCCGUGCAGACAAGGUCCGCAUUUCCGGUCGCUCUAAAUCCGGAGUACAAGGUUCGCUACAAGGCUUACGGGAGGUGCGAAACAGUGCGUUUCGUUCUGCUGUUGUUCUCGCUGGUGGAGCACAUCCAGUAGCGACUACGGAAGACAAUGUAGAUGGCCAUAAUUCGAUUACCAUGUGAAUCACCCCAUCGGAAAACAAACAACAAAUCCUCUCGCCUGCAAUCUGGGUAUAGGUGAAAGCAAAACCAAAGUGUUUCUGUUUGGUCUGUGUGCAAAGGAAUGUGAUUUUGAAUGUGUGUGAUGUGGAGGCAGAUCAGGAUGAACACACACUAGAAACCACCGGUAAGGGCAAAACGCAACCCGACCGAAGCGACCCAAAAAUGGCCCCAAAGGGAUCGAAGCUGAUGGGAUUGCUAAUCAUGUUUUUAUGAGCGCCGAGCGGGAUGCUAACUUCCUUUAUGCACUGCCGGCCCUGAGCGAGUGGAAAAUUGAGUGGAACAACACACCCUUCAACGCCACCCCCCUCCCCCUUUCUUCUCGACGUCUCCCACCUACCCCCCUUUCGCAACGCAACCGGUGGACUGAUGCAAACGAAGGGCAAGAUGCGCAUGAAGUACGGGAAGCUGUUCAUUUUCUUCAUGAUCUGCUUCAACCUGAUCGUGUUCUACUACUCCUGGAAGUACUUCCUCACGAGCGGUCACUAUCUGGCGGAAACGCUUACCGGGGGUGACCAUCGGGGGCCGGCCCUCCCGAGACGGCUCGGCAUUGCGCCCGACUCCAUCCCGCUCGUGAGCUACGAAAGCUCGUACCGGAUCGGCGAUCCGGGCGGGGCGACACUGAACCGGAUGCGCCUCAAACCCACCCUCACGGAGGACAUCGAUGGACGGCCGAGUGCGAAAGAGCGGGUACAGCACACGAACGGCUUCCUGCGGAAAAGCAUCACGUUCGUGUUUCGUGACUUUUACGACUUCGAUAACGAUCUGCUGCAGUCGAUCGGUAGCGUGACGGCACUCAUCCCCGGCGUUAGUGUGUUUGUGAUCGCACCCGAACUACCGUACCCACCGCUCGACAUCUUCAACCCACCGCAAUCGGUCGGUGCCGGCAAUCAUAGUGCCGCUUCGAAGUCAACCGUGCUGCCGGCCUGGUUCAGCGAGGGAAGCAAUGUGCGGUUCUUUCACCUUGCGUACGAUGUCACCAAAACGCUGAAGGAUACGUUUCCGGUGCUGCAUGUGAGCACACGGUACGUACUGUUUAUGCCGGACAGUGUGCGACUUACGGGACGGGGGUUGCUUUCGCGUAUGUUGCGCGAGAUCGAUACACCGUCGGGGAGUGAGCUUUUGCUGCAGCAGCAUCAGCAUCUGCUGCUGAAGCAGAACGGGCACGGUGGUGGAUCGUUCGAUCCGAACCGGAAACCGGAACGGCGCAUCGUUGCGGUACCGUUCGCGUCGAAUGCAAAGGGUGCGGCCAACUGUGUGCAGAUGCAGCUGGAUCUGCCGAACUGGACGCUGGAGUACGUGACGGGGAACGAAUCGGAGCGGUGCGAUAUGUUCAAACAGAAGCACGCCAUCCUGGUCGAGACGGAGCUGCUGAAGGAGAUGCCCGACGCACUGGCGUCCCCCUUCCCGGACGUGUUCUACAUUCAGGCAAAGCUGGCUGGCGUCAAGAAAGUGCUGCUGAACGGUGCAUUCCAGGAUGGGCGCAAACUGUUCACCUCCUACCACACCAAGACGAAACGGCGCAAUCAGCGGAAGGACCAGUUCAAGGCACUUUACCGUCGGCUGCAGGUGAAGAAGGUGAUCCGCAAAAACUAUCUCUACGACAAGACGCUUAGUCGGGCUGGUGUUGGGCCGGCCCCGUUCGGUGCUUCUGCAGCAGCCGCUGCCAGCGCCCGCCGCAAGUACGUCAAGAGCUACGAACACAACAAUCAAACCAUUUCCCUGCUGACGGAGAUCACGUUCUACGGCUGUGAGAAGCAAACGCGUAGCUGCAUCGGACAGGUGCACAAUGGGCGCCCGUUCUAUCGCUACCUUGGCCGAAACACACCGCCCUGCUGCAUGGAAAAGCUGAAGGCCGUCUUUCGCCACGUGGUGGAUGAGUUCGAAAACGUUGGCAUUCGCUACUGGCUCGAUAACAGGGCGUUGCGGGACGCGAUCGAACUCAAAGGACUGGCGCCCGAUGCGUACGAAAUCGACCUGAGCUUCAAUGGGGAUGAUGUGCAGCGUUCGGUAGCGCUGCGGAAAGCACAAACACGUCCGUACACGGACGAAGCGGGUUUCCACUGGCUGAAGGCGACCGAUGGUCACUAUUUCCGGGUACAGUUUUCGAAGGUGAACACGAUCGCCGUCAAUCUGCUUCCGUUCGAUCUGUCGAGUGGGGAGCUGGUACGGCCGAGCGGGUUUUACGGUUGGAAGGCGCGGAAGUUUUCCGUCGAAUUUCUGCACCCAAUGUCGACGGUCCUGUUUCUCGGCAAGCCCAUCAUGUGUCCGAACAAUGUGAUAGAGUAUCUGGAGGUGAAAAAGGUGAAGUAGAAGAAAAUGGUGGAGGGGGGAAUGGAAGAAGGAUACAGGUAGGUAGCGCUAGCGAAAGAAAGAUUAAUAAAUCGUAGAAAAUGAUAUAAGCAGUGUAAAUAAAAAUUAGAAAAGCGGGAAGUGCUUCGCAAGGAAGACACCAAAAGAAAGCGAAAUUGGAGGAAGAAAAACUCAUUUUGUGUUAACAGGUUUUUGAUUAAUAAAAUGGAACUUUUGAAUAAUUAUGGAGAAUGUUUCAAAAGGUAUAGUGGUCAGUGAAACGCUUUCUGUGGAAUUUUGCAACCAUAUAAUGGAGAUGCGAGAAUGCGAGAUAAACAUAAAACAACAGCCCAGUUUGACAGGAUUAGACCAAAAGUCUAGUUUGAAUUCGCCCAAACUAUAUGCAAAAUUCCAUUAUAUGGCUGAAAAGAUCCACAGCGGACUUACAUUAUUCCCCUAUUUAUUCAAAAGAACCAUCAUAUGAAUCGAAACCUUGGCAUCUUGCUUACCCCUGUCACCCUCAUUACGCUUACGAUAAUGAUAAGAGCAAUAUCUUCCUUUCGCAUUUAGCAAAACUGAAUUUUGUAGCACAAUUUGUUUGAGGUGCGCUUUUUUGACAAUGUUUUACGCGAUAAUAAGGUGUAAAUUUAAAAUAGACAACCGAAUAGAGCGAUUGUGAUACAUUAAUGUAAGCAAAAACAGAUGAUAUAAUAAUAGUACAUGAAACAAUAACAACUUCGCAACCUUUACCUAAACAACUACAUAUGUGAAACAAUAAAAAACAGUUUAACAAAGACAACAAAAACAGAAGCUAUAACCCAAAAUUCGUUACCCUAUAACCGUGUGCAAUAGAAAUAUCUUAGCAUUUUAAAUAGGAACGAACAAGGAUAGAACCAUAUAAAAGCCAUUCGUCAAUUAGUGUAAUCGAAUGUAAAAAUGUUGCAGACUGUAAAGCAUUAAGUGAAACUGCAUACAAAAAUAGCAUCAAUAAACAAUUUUAUGGAAUUGUAUGACGAAGCAAAACACAUACCAAAACCAGCAGUAUGAAAAUAGUUAGUGUUAGCAAGGAUAGAUGCAUGGAAUGUUAGUUUCUUGUAGACAUGGAUCAAUUGCUACUCAUUUCUAAUUACUAUUAAUUUUUAAACUAAUUUCCUUCAAUCUGAUGGUGCUAGUAACAGUAACGGUGUAAGAAUUCAUUUGCUUCUUUUAUUUUAACAACUCGACAUAACUCGAAUCAGUUAACAGGCUAUUCCUCUCGAUGAAUAGAAUGGGUCCUACAAUGCUCCAAGGACUCAUUAGGUACAACAAAUCAAGAAAACAUAUAAAAAAACUCUCUCUCUCUCUUUCCUCUAACUCAAAACGCAUAAUAGUUACCUGUACACGUUAAAAAACUGUUCAAAAAACCAAGAAAAUAAAAGUCCCCUUCUUCUCUCGCUCUA